AUGGGAAACGACAUCCCGACUCUGCAGGAGGUUAAGUCCUGGCUCGGGAAGUGUUUCGCUAUGAAGGACCUCGGAGAGGCUUCCUAUAUUUUAGGGAUAAGGAUAGUGAGAGAACGAAGUAAGAGACUAAUAAGACUUAGUCAGAAUACUUACUUGGAUAAAGUACUAAAACGUUUUAGUAUGGAAAACUCAAAGAAGGGAGAACUACCGAUACAGAGUAAUACCAAAUUGAGUAAGACUCAAAGCCCUAGUACAGAAGCCGAGAUAGCUGAGAUGAGCCGAGUACCAUAUGCUUCCGCAGUUGGCUCAAUCAUGUACGCUAUGACUUGUACUCGCCCUGAUGUGGCCUUUGCUUUGAGCAUGGUCAGUAGAUAUCAGGGGAACCCAGGUAGAGCUCAUUGGAUUGCAGUCAAGAAUAUACUUAAGUACCUUCGGAGGACCAAGGAAUGGUUUUUAGUCCUCGGAGGGAGUGAUGACUUAAAGGUGCGAGGGUAUAGUGACGCCAGCUUUCAGACCGACAGGGACAACUACCGUUCGCAGUCGGGCUGGGUCUUUACCCUUAAUGGGGGAGCGGUGACUUGGAAAAGUAAAAAGCAAGAAACAGUAGCUGAUUCAACGUGCGAAUCAGAGUACAUUGCAGCGAGCGAAGCGUCAAAGGAGGCUAUGUGGUUGAAGAACUUCAUUGGUGAUCUUGGAGUUGUGCCUACCAUAAAGGAGCCUAUAGAAAUUUUCUAUGAUAAUGAAGGAGCGGUUGCCUUGACCAAGGAACCGAGGGAUCAUGGUAGAUCUCGACAUAUCGACAUAAAAUAUCAUUUUAUUAGACAUCGAGUAGAAGAAGGACACCUCUUUGUAAAGAGGGUAUCGUCAGAGGAUAACCCAGCAGAUCCGCUUACGAAGGGACUUAGCAGGGUUAAGCAUUUGCAGCACGCUAGGAGCAUUGGGCUAAAGGACGAUAUUAGUUUAGAUUAG